AACAACAACCUAUUGAUUUAACUGACUUUAAGAAGUUUUUCUGUUAAAUUUUGUCCACAUUAAAAAGUUACUAGGCUGUUUUUUUGUUUGCACGAUAACCUGAACAUAGGGGAACUUAACAUAAUCCAAAAUGGCUGAAAACUGGAAGAACUGUCUUGAAGAGGAGCUCAUAUGCCCAAUAUGUUUGCAUGUCUUUUCUGAACCGAUUCAGCUACCCUGCAAGCACAACUUCUGCCGGGUGUGUAUAAAUGAAGCCUGGGCAAAAGAUGCCACCAUGGUGCGCUGCCCAGAAUGCAACCAUUCCUACAGCCAAAAACCUGCUCUUGAGAAAAAUCACAAACUGUCCAACAUUGUGGAAAAGUUUAACACGCUGACCGUGGAAAAAACUCCGACUGUCUUGCACUGCAUCCUGUGUCGCCGUGGGCCGCCAAUGCCUGCACACAAAGUGUGUCUGAGGUGCAAGGCUCCAUGCUGCCAGUCACACGUACAGACGCACUUGCAGCAGCCCUCUUCCAACACGGGCCACCUGCUGGUGGAGGCGUCAGAGGAACGGGCAUGGACCUGCCCACAGCACCAUGAGUACAGAUUAUACCAUUGUGAGGCUGAACAUUCUGCCAUCUGCCAAUACUGCUGCAUGUCCCGGUGUGCACCCCAUCAUGGCCACUCCGUCUGUGAUGUAGAACUGCGCCGCCAUGACAUUCGGCAAAUGUUAAUAAAGCAGCAGGACCGGAUUGAAGACCAAGUGCAGGAUAUAGAAGAGCAGCUCUACAAACUUGAGUCAGACAAAUGUCUUAUAGAGGACAAGGUGCAGCAUCUAAAAGAGGAGGUACAGUUACAGUAUCAAAAGAUGCAGCAGUUGUUGGAGGAAGACCUUGGAAAGACGCUGGAGGUGCUGGAUCAGGCACAUGCUAAAUUCUGUCAGGAGAACUCCUCCCAAACUCUACAGCUCAACCAGAAGCGCCAAGAGGCCAAGAAACUCCUCGGUUCCAUGCAGAUGGUCUUCGAUAAGGCAGAGGAUAUCACAUUCAUGAGGAAUACAAAAUCUGUAAAGAUUGUAAUGGACAGGUCACAAUCAUAUUUUGGCAAUACCUUACCACCUUACAAAGUUGGCAGCCUCAAUUCCAAGCUGUUUCUCUCAGAAAUCACAAAGAGGGAAAAAAACCUGUGCAAAAUGCUUGAAGCUCCAUUUAGCGCUCCUGCAAACUUCUUCCAGACUAUUCCAGCAUAUCUAUGUUCAGAGAAGCGUAGACACACUACGGCUUUUUCUGAAGCAGGGAGCAGUAGUAAAGCUAGCUCUAGCUUCAUGGAGUCCUCAUCCUCAUCUGGCCCUGCUGCAAAGCAGCCAUGCCUGAAUCUGACUGCAGCUCCAAGCUCCUCCACAGGUGAGAACCAGUCCUCUCAACAUGCUCUGGGCUCCUGCAACUCUGGAAACAGCAGUGCUGCAACCAGUUCCCAGUCCAUGCAUCAAUCUGGCUCUGUGUUUCCCCACUCGCAUUAUCCGAACAGCAGCACGUCACAGCUGCCUCAGUACGGAGGACGCAAGAUUCUCAUGUGCACGAUGGACAACUGCUACUGCUCGGGUGUACCCUCAGUGUCUAACCCUAGAGGCCAUGCACCCUAUCCACGAUCCGGCUCCUUUCCGUGGCCGGUAAGCUCACAGGAAUACUCCCAUCAGCCCCUGCCCUCAGCUCCUGCCAUGUCUCAGUCUCUGCAGAGUCUGUCCAUGCGGGACUGGAUAGAUGCCUCACAGUCACACAGGCAUCCUGACUUCUAUGGUCUCUAUGGCCAGUCUUCCAACAAGCACUAUGUCACCAGUUAACCCCAGCUCUCGUGACUGCUGUCAGUCACACAACAUGCUAGGUUUUUCCGAUGUAAGAAAAUAAACCAAUUUUUCCCCUCAAUCAAUAACUUAUUUUCUCCUAUUCAAGCCAAGUGCACACUAUGCUAUUUUAGUCCUAGUUUUUCAUUUGCUGACAAAAUUAGGGCAGCUGUGUGAGGCCCUACAGUUCUGAGCUCUUUUGUAAUGUAAGCAGUCUAGCUACAAUUUUGUUAUGUCAGUUUUUUUUUCACACCUUGUUUGAAAUAAUCAGCAGUUCGUGUGAGGUCCCCAAUUAUAGGAGGGAACUCUGAGGCAAAAAGCAAAAAAAAGAACAAUACUACAGUACUAUAUAGUAUGUCCUAUUAGUACAACACUGUUGGUAUUGUAAUCUCAAACAUAUGUUUUGGUAUGAGAUUUGAGACACAGCACUCUUAGCAAACAUGAAGCAGCAGUGCGUCUAUGUAAAGCGGGUAGAUGGAUAUUUUAGCUGAAUAUUUUACCCAAUUUUAACUAAAUGUUUAACAUUUUUAGUUCUUUCUGUUAAUGAUUUUGUAGAUGGUUUGUUCACUGUUCCUUUAUCAUGCACUAUGUUUAAAAAUAACAGACCCCAGUGUCUUCCCAACAAUUUAUCUAUUUUUUUCUGGUUAUUUUGCACAAGGAAACGCAAAAAAGUCAGCAGUGACAAGGUUCUCAGACUCUUAUUUUAGCACUAACAUGUACAGACAGUGAAGUGUAGUGAGUGUAGAGCACAGAUGUAUGUAUGAUGUAUAUGCAGUGUAAGACCCUCCCUAGUAAUCAAAUGUGUGGUGUGCUUUUCUAUGUUCACAGCAAGAUUGAUCGUUUGCAACUAAAGUGUUUAGUGUGAACGAUAAAAAGAUAUUGAAAGCAGUGUAGUGUGCACUAGGCAUUAGGUAAACCUGAAAAGUCCUAAACAGUAAAAAGAUUACAAAAUAAAGCAUAAUUUUGCACAUAAACUCAAAGGAAUAACGUUGCUACUUGCUACAAUUAAAUAAUACUAAACAUUUUUCAUGACGCUGAUGUCCAACACUACAGUCUGUUGUAGUCAUUAAUAACAUUGCACUUAUUGUAAAUUCUAAUUACUGUUUUAUUUUUAAUUAUGGUUCACCAAUAUUCAUGUCAACAGACCGUUAACAAGAAGUACUAAUUACAAUGCAUGUCCCCAUUCCAUAUUUUCAGUUUCCUUUGCAAUACCAAUAUUAGAGCUCUUACACACACAUGAUUCUGACAUCAUCACAGUAACCAAGCCAACUCUUUACAAGCAAGUUGGGAUAAUUUUACUGUCCUUUUAACCUUAUUUGUAAUGAUCUAGUACAGAAUAUGUCUAUUAAAUAUGUAAAAUCCAAUCCAGAAUUUUUGCCAGUAGUCAUAAUAUGGUCUUAUUAAGAGUGUUAAACAAAUUUCAUAAUACAAUAGGAUUAAUUUUUUGCACCACUAUACAUCUUGAUUAUAUGGGGGGCGAAUGAGUAACUCACAAACUAAGGGGACAUCACCACAACUGAGUGUAGCAUACUUAAGGUAUUGGCAAUGUCACAUGAUACUCAGGUUUAGCAAUUUUAGCACACUGUCACCAUUCUAACAUUGUUAAAGUUGAUGGGAAAGCUUAUCAUUUGUAGUGUUUCCAAACAGACUUUUAUUUUCAGCUCAACAUUUAUAAUAGCUUGGCUAAUUAGUUUUUGGUUUUUUUUACUUUGAAACCCAACAUUGAAUAAUCCAACCGAAAAUUGUAGCCUUACUACUUUUUAGUAUUGCUGCUUGUUUUAACAGCCAAUGAUGUGAAUUUUAGAGCAUUGCAGAGCAGGUUUUAAUGCAAUAUUAUGAUUACUGUUUCAUAAUUAGAAAUAGCUAUUUUCAGUUUGCAAUCCUUGUAGUAUUCCAACCCUUGUUAAAAAAUGAAUAUGCAUAUUGUUACACCCCUAAUUCUUGCUCUUCGGAAUAUUCUAAUUGAAAAAAAUUAAUUGUAAUUGGUUAUUUUAAUCAGAGAGGCACUUCAUGUGAUACGAACAUGUGCUUAUUUGUACAACUUUCCAUGUAGGUCGGACUUUGUUUAUCUUUGUUGGUUUGUUCUUAACAAAAGUAGAGAUACACUUUUAUUGAUUUUGUUUGAGUUACCUGCAAAUGUUAACAGGUAAAUUAGUAAUUGUAUAGAUGCAUAGAUAGGUAAUGAUGCAAUAUUAUUUUCAGUAGCAUGUGUGUGUGUGUGUGUGGAAAUGCUCUUUUCAACUUGUGGACUUGAUUUUGACUGGCUGUGCAAAACGAACAGUCCUGCCUCUCACUGCCUAAAAGGCCUCAUGAAAAAUGCUUUUUAAACCCAAAUUAAACUUGUUUUCAUGUUAUAUUGUUACCCAUAUUUUUGCUUUUUAUCUUUCUCUGUUUACUCUCAAAUCAUUUGCACCUGAUCGUGGGAGAAUCAAAAGUUGGAAAACUUAAUGCUGGAACUACAUUCCUCAUUUUGAAUUAUGAUUGCAGUACUUGUUCUUUUUAUCAUUGCUGCCAGCAAGCAAACAAAUGUAUGGCUUCCUGUUUGUUACUGAUUGCAUGUGGGAACAGGUUUCUAAGCACUUGCAGUAAAAUUACAAAAAUGCAGUUUUGAAACAGGGAGUAAAAGUUUUUUUUUUAAUCUUCAGUAAUGACAAGAACUGACCAACGAAAGAAAAGAAACUGAUUAUAAAAUGAUUUUGUAAAUUUUUGUCAACUAGAACUGAAGACUUGUAACUGAAAAAUAACAUUGUUUCAAAUAAAAAUGAUUUCAAACAA